AUUUGAGCGUUAUGAAGUUGGUAGUACUCUUAUAUGCCCUUCUUGGAGUCAUAGGGCUAGUCAAAUGCUCUGCCAUUCAGCCUUCUAAACUCUCUAGAGAUUCUGACUGGAUGAUAAUAGCUACACAAUCAAAUUUUCAACAAAUAAUUGAAUAUGUCAGGGCUAGAAAUGGAACACUUGUCCUUCAUGGCUAUAAAGACAGAUGAGCUGUAUGCAUUAACAUCAAUAAGAAUUUGAAAGAGCUAUCCAUGCAGAUCAAGAAUAGGAAUGACUUAAAAGAGAAAAUAUUCAUUGCGACGAUCAAUUUCUCUGAGAACAGGAACUUAGAAAACCAUGAUUUUGUCGGUCCAUAUCCAAAAAUUUAUUAUUUCACUUAUUUUGAAAAUAUGAGGAAGAGGGAGUAUAAGUUUAUCACCUCUCCCUACAAGAUGAUGACCUUCCUCAAGGGAUUGGAACCUCAGGAGCCAGAACUAUACCUGCCUGAAUAUGACCUUAGAAAUAUUUCAAGGCAUAACUAUGAAACGCACUUGAUCCUUGGUCUAUUUCCUGAUGGAAAAGAUGAAAUUUACAACACUCAAUACAUUGAAGUUGCGAACAAGUACAGUCAUCUCGGGUUUUACGCUUGCUUUGAAUGAGAAAAAUUAGCAAAGGAGCUCAACAUUACUCUAAACGGGACUGAUGUCGUGAUAUACAGGAAAUUUGAGAUAACUCCUAAUGACAUUCCACUUAUUGUGGUGUGGAACAAAACUGAGAGCCUGGUGAGUUUCAUCGAAAAUGACUAUCAUCUCCCAGUGGAUAUCUACACUCAUGAUUCCAAGCCUCUUUACGAAAUACAUGCUGAUGACGUUGGCUUGAUUUACUAUAAUGGGGCAAAUGAUCUAUACCACAAAGGAGAAGAUAGCACACUGGCAAGAAUCUUCAGAAUGCUGCACUCUAUAAACUACAGACUUAGCAAUGUGAGUUCGGAAUUCGUAACUGCCGAAAGUAAAGCCAGAUGGGAAAGAUUUACCCUUGCUGUUUGUAGGAAACAAGAGUUCUGGAUCUGGGCCCAAAGUUUGCAUCUCAAAAUGGACAUGGACUACACAGAAGAGUUCACUCCAAUAGUUAGAGAUUAUAGGAGAAGGUUUUACAUGAAUCCCUCGCUUGCAAACAUGACCAUUGAUGAUGCUAACGAGGAUGCGAUUUAUCAAUUUUAUUAUGAUUAUAUUCAAGGUAGUGUUGGAGAAUAUAACAAGAGUGAACCACUCCACCAAUCUUAUGUAAUUGGCAAUGACUGGCGAAGAAAUUUAUUAGAAGGAGCAACAGGAACUGAAAUGGCAGAAACACUUGACCAAGUCGAAGUCAGAAGGAUUGUAGCACAAAACUUCAGGUUAGAAGUUGAAGAGAAAGGGAUAGAAGCUCUAGUGAUUAUGACAACUCAUGACUGUGAAUUCUGUGAAAUCUUUAUUAAUAGAAAUAUAAUGGAUGAAUUUGUCAAGAAGACUAAGUAUAGUCCAGACUUUAAAGUCUUCAUAAUUGAAGUAGCUGAAAAUAGUCUUCCAGAAGAAUAUCAUUUAAUGAGACUUCCACAGAUAAUGUUUUCUCCAAAAGAGGUCGAAAAUUACGACCCUAUCAUGUGGUGGACAGGCGAUGUUAAUGUCAAAGGACUCAAGAAGUUCCUUCACAGACAUAGCAAGGUUUACCCUAAAAUUGAUAAAUCUUAAGUCC